CUCCUUCCCCCACGCUGCUUACAGUGGGUACCCGUACGGGGUGCAGGCACAGGCCCAGACCGAGCUCAGCUCGGCCCAGAUGCACUACAUCCAGGCACGCCUCCACCUCCAGCGCCAGACCGGCCAGCCGGGCCACCUCGGCCCGCGGCCCCAGCCCAUGAAGCCUGCUUCGGUGGCAGCGGCGACCCCGCCGCGGCCGCAGAAGCUCUACCGUGGCGUGCGGCAGCGCCACUGGGGCAAGUGGGUGGCGGAGAUCCGCCUCCCCCGCAACCGCACCCGCCUCUGGCUCGGCACCUUCGACACCGCCGAGGAGGCGGCCCUCGCCUACGACCAGGCAGCCUACCGCCUCCGCGGCGACGCAGCGCGCCUCAACUUCCCCGACAACGCUGCCUCCCGCGGCCCGCUCCAUGCCUCCGUUGACGCCAAGCUCCAGACCCUCUGCCAGAACAUCACCGCCUCCAAGAACGCCAAGAAGUCCGCCUCCGUCUCCGCGUCCACCGCCGCAGCCACGUCGUCCACCCCCACCAGCAACUGCUCCUCGCCGUCCUCCGACGAGGCGUCGUCCUCGCUGGAGUCCGCGGAGUCGUCACCGUCACCCGCCGCCACCACCGCAGCAGAGGUUCCAGAGAUGCAGCAGCUCGACUUCAGCGAGGCGCCAUGGGAUGAGGCAGCCUGCUUCGCCCUCACCAAGUACCCGUCGUACGAGAUCGACUGGGACUCGCUUCUCGCCGCCAAUUAGCACCCAGUUUGUGUUCGUCAGCUACUACUACUGUCUUUAGCGUGUCAUGAUGUUAGGUUAAUGGGUCGCCGCGAUGCAGAUGGCAUUUUAGACAUUCUGCACGGGCUUUUAGCGGAUUAGCUCUAAGUCUCUAAUCCUUGUUCAUUGUGUAGAUCUAUUAUUUGUUCUCUUGUGGUAGGGUUUGGUUAGUCCGUCCCGGAUGACUAUAAGCCGGCGUUUUUGUGCCCGGCGUCUCCGGUGGUCGGUCACUGGUCAGUGACUCCGGCCGGUGAAGUCUUGUGUCCAUGGUUCUAGCUAGGUGCUGUUCCUUCCGCUGCUCUGCAGAUUGUAACAGUGGGAGUCUUGUUAUGUAAAAUUAGCUCGUCAAAAAUCAUGUAAUGUGGAAUAUUAUUUUGUUGUUAA